AUGACGAAUGCCGAGCCCGUGGGCUCGGCCUCGGACAACGACCCAGGAGGCAAUGCCGUCGCUCAGGGCAACCAUAACUUCCAGAGAGGUUCGUCAAACGGCUCCCUAGCAGAUCGCAUAGUAGGAGGCGGUCCGGCGCAUGUUGAUCGAGACGAUCUCCUUGCCAGGGGGAUGACCAAUCAGCAAGUGGACGCCAUUGAAGUCCAAGCCCGCAUUGCGGAGGAGCUCAGGGCGCACAUCGUGCGAUGGGUUCUGUGCUUCAUGUGCACGCUCUGCGUCGUCGGUGUCACCUCCUUUGGUCUGAUGAUAUGGCUUAUCAUCAGCUGGAGCAACGCCAGAAACGAUGCGCUAUCGUGCGAUGCCCCGCUCAUCGAGUGGGUAACAGUGGUGUAUUUUAUCAAGAUCUACAUGUUCUUAUUUCACAAGUAUGUCAUCCGAUGUGUUUGCAGAUAUGACCCACGAGAAAAUCCAACACCACCUCCUUGGUACGUGAAGCUGUACAACUUGCUGUUUCCGACCUUCGAUUUCGUUUGGAACAUCACCGGGAUCGUGCUUGCAGCGACGUCAAAGACAUGCUCCACGAUUAUGCCAGAUGUUUACCACUCCAUCUUGGCUUUCGCAAGCUGUGGAUUAUUUAUUGCAGUUUGGUUUCUCAUCAAUGCCGUUGGCCUGCAGGUGAUCCUAGCAUACAUGAUGAGGCACGGCAUGCUGCCACCAUCAGAGAAUGCGGCGCCCAAAGGCACCAUCGAAAAGCAAGAGGUCUUCAAGUUCGACUCCAACCACGACUGGGGUGACAACAACUGCUGCUCCAUUUGUCUGGAGGAGUGGAGCGGCAGGAAGGAGAUCCGCAAGACAGCUUGCGGGCAUUUCUAUCACACGGACUGCCUCAAGGGAUGGCUGAACGUGAACCGGAACUGCCCGCUUUGCCGCACGGAUCUGGUGACUGGGCAGGCUGCGGCUGGCCAGGCCAUCGGGGCUCUUCAGAACGGCAUGCGCCGAAUGGCUGAUGCCUGUGCCCUCCGAUUCUUCCUGCGCCGCUGCCCGGCUCUCCGAUGUGCGGAAGUGACCGAACCGGGGCUGGUGAGCGGCGCCUGCUCAGGUUUGGCAUCUUGUUCAAAGCUCCGUGCACUGAAGUUGAGCCUGUCCCUGGUACCGAACAUCGUGAACUUGGGACAGGUGUUCAAAUCCUGCAAGCAACUCAGGGUCUUAGUGCUAACGAGCACAUCGGAGUACCAAGUUUCACUGCAAUACCUGACGGAGGAGCUUUCCCGUUCCUGCGGGCUACGGGAGCUCUGUUUCCGCCGCUGCUCUGCCACAUGGAAAGACUUGGAGGUGCUGUGCAAGGCAUGCCCCCGGCUUCAAGAAUUGCGUUUGCCCGAAGGAUACAUCGAUGCCGGGGGACCGCUAAGCCCUCCGCCGCUGGUGCCCUUGGGCCGUUUGAAGCAGUUGCGAGCUGUGGACCUGCGCGGCCAUAGCCGGGCUCAGAAAGCCAAGUGCUGGCUGACCGAUGAUAUGUUUGGGAUCCUCGCACAGGUGCGUCAUCUUCGCGAAGUCCGCGCAGACCACCAGCGUCUGCUCUCUGAUCGUUGCUGCUGGUUCUUACGACGGCAUUGCUUUCGACUGCGUCUUCUGCACCUUUCCGGAUGCCGUGCGAUGUGUGGGGAGAGUGUCUUCGGCCUGCUCCACAUGUGCGAUGGCCGGGUGCUCAGAUGGCUCAUGACGGUGGAUGUGCAGCACGAUGUGCAGAACGUUGCGCAAGCUCCUGCAAAAGGCUACAUGUGCGAUUUGAAGGCUUUUCUGAGGCUGACGUGGCCACUGCUUCUCGGCAACACACUCGAAUGGUACGAGUUCGGUGUGUAUGGAUAUGUCGAGAAGGAAAUCUCCGAGAACUUCUUCGGGGGCUCGGAGGAUGGAGGAUGGUUCGGAUUUGCCAUCACGUUUGUUGCUCGACCCAUGGGAGGCUUCGCAUUGGGCUACAUCGCUGACAACAUUGGGCGCAAGCUUUCGGUGAACCUUUCUCUAGGCGGCAUGAUCGUGGCAACUGUGGGCCAAGGACUUCUUCCAGGCAAAUACUUCCUUGGCGGCGCGAAGGACUUGGGCUUGGUAUUUCUGAUUUGUUGCAGAGCUUUGCAGGGGCUGUCCGCGGGUGGCGAGAUCGGCGCAGUGUCCGCAUACCUCGUGGAGGUUUCUCCUGUGAAGACUUUGGGCAUGGCCGUGUGCAUGAUUUCCGUGGGCAGCCAGAUUGCGUGGGCCUUUGCCAGUCUUCUGGUGGCAUUGCUCAGCAGCUCGCUGACAGACCAGCAGAUGCUGGAGUGGGGCUGGCGCAUACCGUUCCUGAUCUCUGCGAUCCCAGGGGCGAUUUCUAUGUGGGGCCGCAACAGGAUCCCGGAGACCGACACCUUCCUGGAGAUAGGAGGCGAAGGUGAAACAUCCAGGAGCCGAUUCGGCUUCUUUGAGCUCCUCAAGGAGCAUCGUUUGAGCCUGUUGGUCGGCUUCGGCGCCUGCUUUGCGACUGCCACGAUGUGGUUCGCCCCACCUUUUUGGACGGUCACGGCGGUUCUCGAGCUUGAGUCGGCUGACAACUUGUGGGUGGGCAAUUCCUGCCAGCUGAUCGGUCUUGCCGUUACACCCGUGGCGGCCAUGGUGACUGACAGGUAUGGCGUGGGCUUCUGUGUACUGGUGGGAGCAAUUUACGUCCUGAUCAUCUCGGUUCCGACCUACACUUGGAUUGCUUUCAACCCCGCCGAUCGCGAAGUGGCGUAUGUGGGCCUGGGUUUGCUCUUCGGUUUGGCACAGGGCUUCUGCGGAGCCACGAUCUACCUCUUUUGCGCUGAGCUCUUUCCGGCCAGGCUGCGGGCACAGGGAAUGUCCCUGAGCUACAACAUUUGCCUCAGCUUCAUCGGGGGCUUCGCUGCUAGCAUCUCCCAGUCGUUGCAGAGCCUCUCCCCUCACUGGGCCCCGGGAAUCUACUGGGCCGCGACUGGCGCGAUCAGUAUAGCCAGCGUCUUGCUGGGUGUCGCGUUGCACAAGAAAGGUUUCAUCACGCUGGGUCACAGGAGGAGCCAGCCCUUCUUCGGCUACGUGGCUGCUGUAGAGGAGAAAGACAUCGCCGUAGAGGAGAAGGAAAUCGCUUCCUGCUAG